UUUGUGCAGGAGUCGUUCAAACCGCUCACGAUCGAGCGACGUGGUCUGCCAAAGCAUUAUCCAGGCCAUUCUGGCGGACGCAUCAACGCCAUCACUGCAGGAAUAAUCAGUUGACCACAUUCGUGUUCAUGCUGAAGGCUUUACCCUAACAUUUGACGGAGCGAAGAAGGUUGACAUCGUAGGGUACUUCAUCAGACCUAACCGGGUUGGUAAUUAUAAUAUUUUCCAUAUUGUUAAGAAACGUAAGAACUUCAAGAGGAAUCUCAGUUCUAGUCACACAACAUUAGAUCUCUUUGAGUAAAUCAGACCAUCUACUUCAAUCCUGUGAUGUAGCCUAAUUUUGAGAAAUGAAUAUUUUAUACUGAAGCUUAGUUUAAAAUAAUUGAUUAUUUUUUAGUUGAUGCUUAUUACAAUGACUUAUUGCUAUUUUAAUUUUAUUACAGAAUUAAGCUCGUGCUACAAUACAACAAUUUGAAGAAUUCAUGACCACAAAAGCUCAUUCAUAAAAAGCGGACGACACGUUGUUCGCAAUUUAUUCCCGCCGUAUAGCAGAUUUCACUAUGGCAAACCAAUUGCACUGCUUAAUUUUGGUCAUCACGAUGUUGUUGGGUUUCUCCAACUGUAGCAGUGCAUCUUGUGCCAGUACAGGUAAUAAUACUGUAAAUACAAACAAACCAAGAUUCCAAGAUUGUACAAAUUAUAAACCAACGUUGAAAAAAGAACAGCUAAAGGGUACACUUGUUCUACGUGUAAACGCUUAUGUUCCCGAACAAUCGCAAACUAUACAAUACAGCAUUGUAACCACGCCAGGUGACCAGGAGUUUUUCAGCAUUGACAAAACGACUGGUCAGAUCGUUUCGGCAUUUGUUUUUGAUCGGGAUGCCCUUAUCCGAGACCAGGAAAUGUACAUUACGGUACGAGCGACUGACAGUGUGUUUCCUAGUCUAUAUGACGAUUGCAUAGUCAAGGUAACAAUUCUGGACAUCAACGAUAAUCCACCGAUAUUCGAUGAAAACAUCUAUGAAGUCACCGUGACGAAAGAUAUGAAGCAGAAUCAGUCCGUGAUUACCAUCACAGCCACAUAUAUCGAUGAAGGUGGCAACAACAGCAUUCAGUAUGAGAUUGUACAGGAAAACGACGAUAGCAGCUACUUCGAGAUUGAUGAGAACAACGGCUUGCUCAUUUUAGCUAAGUCUAUCGAUCGCGAUCCAGGACAGUUUUACACGUUUUAUGUGCGGGCACGUGGCGAAGGCUUAGAGGAAAACAACAAGCGGCAAACAGAAGUUAAAGUAGUAGUUCACGUAGUUGACUCUACAAAUAGAGCGCCGUACUUCAUCAAGAUGCCAUUGACACCCGUGAUAUUGAAUGAAACGUUUCAGGAUUUCAACAAGAUUCUAGCGGAAUUUGAAGCAGUUUCAAACGUUAAUGUUGAAAGUAGAGUAAAAUAUCGGAUAUCUUAUGGAAAUUAUAAGCAGACAUUUCUAUUGGAACAAAUCAACAACACGGCAUACAUCAAACUUGGCAGAAGACUUGAUUAUGAAAUAGCUACACAAUAUAUGCUCACAGUACUAGCGACAAACUAUCUUGGACUAAAUGCAGAGAUAUUUUUAAAGAUCAAGAUCAUGGAUGAAAACGACAACAUCCCGGAGUUUAUAGGAGAAACAAAAGGAACAGUCCUAGAACACCAGCAGCCUGGAACCUUUGUAAUGCAAGUACAUGCACUGGAUCGUGAUGGCACGGCGCCCAACAACGUUAUAUCCUAUCGACUAAGGAGUAGCGAUGAACAGUUUUUCCAAAUCGAUAGUGAAAAAGGCAUUAUCACGACGAUGGUGGAAUUCGAUCAUAAGGCAAAUGAUGCUUACAUGGUGACAGUAAUUGCUGAGGAUAGCUCACCGUCUGUGUUAUUUAACACCGGGGGACCCAAUACACAGGCACAACGGUUAUUGAUACGAAUUAUGCAUCGGAACGACUGCAAACCACAGUUUAUGGGAAAUAUGUAUUUCGUGAACAAUCUACCAGAAGACGCCACCAUUGACACACGAGUGGUUAAAGUCACGGCUAACAGCCAACAACUAAAUUCGCGUAUAAAGUAUAGCAUUGUCAAGAAUAACGUGGCAAACGUGUUUAAAAUCGACGAGAAUACAGGAUUGAUUUCGGUAAACAAUCACUUGUUAGACUACGAAACAAUUCCGGAAUAUAAAUUAAUCGUCAAGGCGUAUGACGUUCACUUCUACAAUACUCUGACCGUACGGAUCAGGAUUGGAAAUGUAAACGAUAACGCACCGAGAUUUAUGAACUUGAAUGUCACAAUCCCAGAAGAAACCGUCCCUCCUGGUUGUAUCGCGAAUUGGAUAGCUUACGAUCCUGAUAUUGAGAAUCUUGAAAUUCCUCAAGGAAUAAGAUAUACAUUUACGAAAGAAUAUGAAGAUCUGCUGACAAUCGAUGACAAUGGAUGCCUUCGGUUAUUGAAGCCACUUGAUCGUGAUCCUCCCUAUGGUUCUAAACUAUGGCAGAUCUCUAUAACUGCAACGGAUGAAAAUGGUAAAGGAAAAAAUACUACGGCAACACUGAACAUCACUUUGCAGGAUAUUAAUGACAACGCUCCGUAUUUAACAACCCCGAAGCCUGUUGUAUGGAGCGAGAAUCGUCCUCCGGGUAUGAUUACCAAGCUAACAUCAGAAGAUGCGGAUGAACAGCAAAAUGGCGCACCAUAUGUAUACAGCAUCGAUCCAGAAGCUCCUUUGGAAAUCAAGCUACGAUUUCAAGUAGUAGGAGACGAGUUGCAUGCAUUAACUCAGUUUGACCGCGAAGACCAGAAAGAGUACCAAGUUCCCAUCAAGAUUAUGGAUUCAGGUAUUGAGCCGAUGAGCGCAAUUAGCGUACUACAGGUAGUGAUUGGUGACGAGAAUGAUAACAAAAUGAAACAAGCUGAGAGCCACAUAGUCGUCCACAAAUACAACGGAAAGUUAUCUGAUAUGAAUAUAGGCCGUGUAUAUGUCAACGAUUCAGAUGAUUGGGAUUUGUCUGACAAGACAUUUGUUUGGGAUAAGGCGACAAGUGAAGAAACUUUGAAGUUUUUCAAACUGGACAAUGGCACCGGUAUGAUAACAAUGUUGAAAGGUAUAUCGUACGGUCAGUAUGAUCUUCGGUUCAACGUGACUGAAAAAUCGGACCACUUUUCUUCACACCAUGUAUCAGCUAGGGCAACAGUGUUGGUGAAGGAGAUCUCCAAAAGAUCAGUAGACCAGAGCGGAUCAAUCCGAUUCUGCAAUGUUACGGCAGAUGCAUUUGUAUCUCAAGCACCGGAUCAUCUCCACACACCUCUUAAUCGACUUCAGAACAGCAUUGCAAGCAUUCUAAAAGCCAGCCCAAACGAUGUGGAAAUAUUCACGAUCAACAAUCGAAAGCUCGCCCAAGGUACAUUCCUGGACGUGUUCUUUGCCGUCACCGGUAGUGUUUACUCAACCUCGGAGCUCCUCAAUAGCGUACUAAGUUAUCAUCUACACUCAUUGGAGGAAGAAGUCGGAUUUCCGAUUGAGAUGAUAGGCAUUGACGAAUGCGAGUUGAAAAACCGCACUUGUGAGCAGUCAUGCAGAAAUAAGGUUUAUGGAUCGUCCGAACCAAUCGUCAUCAACGCCAAUGCAACUUCGUUUAUAGGAAUAACUGCCUACGUACAGGGGGAAUGCAUUUCAGAUACAUCGCCAUCACUGUUCACAUGUUUCAAUGGAGGUACGCAUAUUGAUAAUACGUGCAUAUGUCCAAUUGGUUUCGAUGGUCCACAUUGUGAAAUGAUAGACAUCAGUUUUGAUGGCAACGGGUAUGCCCUUUAUCCAACUAUCAUCAGUGACAAUAUUGCAAACAUUAGCAUUGAGAUGUUACCUCAACAGACAGACGGUUUGGUGUUGUACAUUGGACCCAUGAGUUACAAUACGCGUGUUACAACACAACCAUUUGUUGCAUUGGAGAUUGUUGACGGUAGAUUUGUGUUGUUGUUAGACGAUGGAACUGGAACGGUCCUAAUUCAGAAUCCCCAGGUUAUCUCACAGAACGAUGAAUUGGCUUUAGAUAUUGUAAUUAAGCUUAAUUCUGUUGAGAUGAGUUUAGUGAUAAAUAAGUUAGUUAUGAGCAGGAGUCAAUACGAAUCUAAAGCUUUUAAAGGAAUUCUAAUUACUAAUGGACCUGUACAGUUGGGCAAUACAGCAAUCGAUUUGAAAAAGCUUGGGCCACUGUACAACUGGACGUACGUGCCACAAACAAAAGGUUUCAACGGUUGUUUGCGUAACCUCACAAUAAAUGGGCGCACGAUAGACUUUCAGGAGGCGAUUUUGACAAAGAACAUUGAUCUUAGUUGUACAUGGCCAAUUAAAAUGAGCGUAGCAACAUUAUGGAACAUUAUUAUGGUCAUUGCAGCACCAAUUCUUUUGGUUGGGGUAAUAUGUUUCAUAAAACAGAAGAAGAGCAUUAGAAAAAAGCAGACAGUUUUAAAUAGAAAUUACAAACCAUUAUUCAAUUUUCGCAUGCAAAGACAACCGUGGCGAACGUGCCAGACUUUAUAGCGAACCACGAAGAUUUUCAAAAACCUUCAAAAGUUUCAACCUAGUAGUCAGUUGUGAUGGGUAAAUUAUAAAUUUCACCGAAGUCGGAUUGGUCUGACUCCGCCGCCAGCUGGAGUCGGAAUCCGAAUGACUCCGCCAGAAGUAACCGGGAGGUGUUAGUGGGUCGACUCUUACAAUCAUUAGUGCUUAUCCUCCCUGCUUUCGUUCGCAUUUUCCAUUUUCACUCCAUUCACGAACUCCAUCGGUCUCAUCUGGACCGACUUCACUUGGACUCGAUCGAACUCACCGUCAACCGGACUCGUCGGAGUUAGUUUUGAUUUUUAUUAAUUUAGAGUCGGAAUAAAUUUUUCAUACGUGGAGUUCACGGUUCCGCUCCAGAUUUCAUAUCACUACCACAAAGUUUCAAAUGGAUCGAAAAAAUUUCAUUUGUUCCACACUACGGCUUUGUGAUGUUGCUGGCGGAUUGGUUUGAUAUUCCGCUACAAUUCCGAUAUUCCGCACAGGAGCAUAACAGUUCGAAAGUUUCAGGAAGAUUUUCAUGGAAACUUAUCAUUGUUGAUUGAAGUUGUCAUCAUUCAUUCAUUUGUCGAUGUAAUCCAUCAAAGGCGUUCUUCUUUGCUUCGUUUUGGAGAGAUUGAAGAGAGAUUGUGGUGUUUUGUAGUGUGAUUUAUUUAAUGUUGUGUAGUGUUCUAUGUAUAAUGUGUAGUUUUUAUGUUUUAAACGUAAAUUAUAUAAAUUGAAUUACAUACAUGUAUGUAACUUGAUUAAAUUACAGAUAUGUACAUUAUUUUUUGUACAUAUUGAACAAGUGAAUUAAAGAACUUAACACGUUAACUGCCAUGUCAGUCCCUAGGGACUAUUAAAUUAUUAAUUAAUUGUAAAUAAUUGGAAUUAUUAAAUAAGACUUAGGCAAUAGGCACUUUAAUGUUACUGCUAUAAGUGAUGAUCAGACCAUCGUGCAUAGGUCUUAGUGGGAUCGGAUAUGUUGUGCUCUCGAAUUUAAUUAAGAAAUCAAGAGUUGGUGUAAAAAGAAAGAUAAGAAAUCUCUCUAAAAAAAUACCAACUAUGUUUUUCUUAGUUGCAAAGGGUUCCAUUAACAUAUCCUUCAAUAUCCUGUAGUGAAUAGACCAAAAACCGAGAUCCAAUCUUGCUAAGACCUAUACAUGGUGGUUAAGACCGAUAUCACUUAAAGCAUCACUUACAGCAGUAAUAUUAAACUUUUGUGGAUGACAUAAAAUGGGUCAUAAUUAUUAUAACAAAUUUAGUAUAAAAUGAAAUAUUUCGUUUGUGGUAGGUUAGUUUUUCUCUCGUCAUU